AUUGAUUAACGGUGGUGACAUUUUCAGGAUCAAGAUAAUAAUAAUAAUAGGUCCGUUUGUUUGUUUGUUGGAUAGGAUUGGUAUUCAGGAUGCUUCACGAGGAUGUUUUCGACGUCCUGGAUGGGCAUUAUUUCCCACUGGCAGUGGGGCUGGUCAGUACAUCGUGUCCAUGUUCCUGUCCAGGUCCAUGUCCACAGAACGCUACCCUGUGUGUUUGUGGAUAUGCAUAUGUGAGAUUGCUGACAGUUGAGGGCAUUCCAUCACUAGGUACUCCUGAUCAUCGUGGCACAAUGCAGCUACCAACUAUUCAUCAACCCUCUCCGCAAAGUGCCCGGGCCGCGACUGUGCGCCGUGACCCGACUGCCGCAGAUGUACCACCUCAUACGGGGGGACGAAAUGAGGUGGAUCCAAGCUCUCCACCAGCGAUACGGGGACGCGGUGCGGACGUCGCCGGACCAAGUCAGCUACGCCUGCGCCGAGGCCUGGCGAAGCAUCUACGGCCAUGCGACAGCGACGCGAAAGUCGACGGAGAAAGACCCGCGGUUCUUCGGCCAGACGCUCAGCAAAGGCACACCGGAUAUCCUGCGCGCCCCAGGACCGGACCACUCGCGCUUCCGCCGCAACUUCUCGCAUGCGUUCUCCGACCGGGCGCUGCGCGAGCAGCAGCCCCUGAUCGCGCACUACGCGGACAUGCUGGUGGCGAAGCUGCAGGCCCUCGUGCAGGCGGACCCGGAGGUCAAGGCGGAGAUGGUCUUCCUGUACAAUCUGACCACGUUUGACAUCAUGGGCGAGCUGACCUUCGGUGACCCGCUGAAUCUGCUGGAAGGCACCGGCAGUACCAACUGGGUGACGACGAUCUUCAGCAGCGUCAAGGUCAACUCCAUCCGCCGCGUGGCGCGGUAUUACCCGUGGUGCGCCGCGCUCGUGAACCCGUUGAUCCCCCGGUCGUUGAAGAAGAUGCAGGCCACGCAUUACCGGUCCUGCAGGGAGCGGGUGGACUCGCGACUGGCUCGCACGGUCGACAAGCCGGACAUCUGGGGGCUGAUCAUGGCGCAGAAGGAGGAGCUCCGCCUCAACCGCGAGGAGAUGUACACCAACUCGCAGCUGUUCAUGGUCGCCGGAACCGAGACCACCGCGACGGCGCUGAGCGGCUUGACGUACCAGUUGUUGCUGAACCCGGACAAGUUGGCGCUCCUGACGAAGGAGGUCCGGGGCAUGUUUGCGCACAGCGCGGAGAUUGACAUGCUCCGCUUGGCACAGAUGAAGUACCUCAACUUCUGCAUCGAGGAAGGCCUGCGCAUGUACCCGCCGGUGCCCACGGGCAUGGCGCGGGUCAUCCCGAAGGAAGGCAUGGAGAUCUGCGGGGAAUACCUCCCGGGGAAUGUAGGUCUCCCAUCACCUCCUUGACCUCCACGGGCCUGGAAGCUAACGCACAAGCCAGACGGGGGUGUCGGUGCACCACUGGUCGACGUACCGCAACCCCAACAACUUCAGGCGGCCGGACGAGUUCCUGCCGGAGAGGUGGAGCGACGAUCCCGCGUUUGCCGGCGAUGACAAGGCGGCCUUCCAGCCCUUCUCGUUCGGCCCGCGCAACUGUCUGGGCAAGAAGUGAGUGACCUGUCUUUUGUCUUUUGUCUUUUGUCUUUUGUCUUUUGUUCCGAUUGUCGCCUGUGGGUUCCUCGUUGACGUCCGACUGCUAGUCUCGCGUACCACGAGAUCCGGGUCAUCCUGGCUAAGGUGCUGUUCCAUUUCGACCUGAGCCUGGCACCGGAGUCGGCAGGCUGGGAGAAGCAGCGGGCGUGGUCAUUGUGGGAGAAGAAGGACCUGCUCGUUCAGCU